AGUGGCGUGCGGGGGACCCUGCCCCGGCGGGGCCGGCGCGGCGCGGGGAGAUGAACGGCUUCAGCACGGAGGAGGACAGCCGCGAAGGGCCCCCUGCCGCCCCCGCCGCCGCCCCGGGCUACGGCCAGAGCUGCUGCCUCAUCGAGGACGGCGAGCGCUGCGUCCGGCCCGCGGGCAACGCCUCCUUCAGCAAGAGGGUCCAGAAGAGCAUCUCGCAGAAGAAACUCAAGCUGGACAUCGACAAGAGCGUGAGGCACCUGUACAUCUGUGAUUUCCACAAAAAUUUCAUUCAGAGCGUCCGAAAUAAAAGGAAGAGGAAGACAAGCGAUGAUGGCGGGGACUCUCCGGAGCAUGACACUGACAUUCCUGAGGUCGACCUGUUCCAGCUGCAGGUGAACACUCUCCGGCGAUACAAGCGGCACUACAAGCUGCAGACCAGACCAGGCUUUAACAAGGCCCAGUUAGCAGAGACGGUCAGCCGACACUUCAGGAACAUACCUGUGAAUGAGAAGGAGACCCUGGCCUACUUCAUCUACAUGGUGAAGAGUAACAAGAGCAGACUGGAGCAGAAGUCGGAGAGCAGCAAGCAGCUCGAGUGAGGGCGGCGCCCUGGAGGAGUGCGGCCUCAGGCCUGGCACACAGGUGACCCCUGCUGCGUGCACGCCCACAAAGACUGUUAAUUUUAUUGUAAAUAAAAAAGUUUGGUGAAUACUGUAAAUCUUUUUGGUCAGGAGAUUAUAUUCUCAUUCAGCAUAUGUAUAGAAAGACAUUCUUUUAAGGUAACUACUGGACUGUAAAAACAGGAUCAUAAAAAGAACUUAAAAUUAUGUAUUGCAGCACUCAGCAAAGCAUGACGUCAGCUCUGUGGGAUACAGGGUCUGAGCCAUCCCUUUGGAGCCCCGGGCUGUCACCUGCAUAAGGGUCUGGGAGGGACAGCAAGUGCAGACCCAGAUUGGGACUGCCCCCCCUCAUAGGCUUUGUCUGUUAUUAGCACACCUGCUAGACACUGGUGCCCCUCUGUUGCCCUGCACCUUCACCCCUCCAGCACAGCCCAGUGUUGUGGGCUAACUAAGCUGUCCCAGCUGUACCAGCCCGGCAGUGUCUGCCUCACUCCACUCGUUCCUGAGCCCUCUGCAUUCCUGUCAUUCGCUGCUGCUCACCUGCUGGGUGUGCAGGCAGCCUCAGGUACCAGCACGCGAUUGCAGUGGGACUGCAGGGCAAGUGGUCACAUGCGCAAGGCAGCACUGCUGGGGUUCUGGGCACGACGGCCAGCAUCCACACAGGAAGGUCUGUCACACGCCGCUCCAGGCUGUUCUUUAGGGUGAGGUCCUGCAGCGUAACUUGAGCAGUGCUCCUAGGCAGUCGGACUUUGACAAAUAGAGAGUUAGUGGCUGGGGCUCACGUCUUCAGAGGUAUUCAUCCCUAGCUCACGGCCACCAGUCCUGCCGAGGCCCGUGCUGUUCGCACCAGGAAAGCCAGCGGUCUGGGGGGCAUGGGCCCCCGGGCUCGGCCUCACAGCAGAGCAUGAGUUUGAGCAGCAGAGGUCCGUGCUGCCUGGCGCUCAGCUCUAUGAAGACCUUGCCUCCCUCCUAGGGAGAAAGAUGACUAAAGUCAUUCUUAAAGUAUUCAUCAUUUCUGACUUUUUUUUUGUCAUUGUUCAAUACGUCAGAUUCUUCUGUCUAAUUCUGAGCCAAAGUACCCUGUGAAAACAAAGCUUUAUAUCCAGAAGUUCGCUUUUGCAAAGUGCUGUAAUCGGUCUGUGGAGGGCAGCAGAUGCGGAUAGGCGGAUGGCAGAAAAAGAAGAGUAUUUGGGUUCCGAUUUCUAUCUUGACGAAUGUUAUCGUCAGGGGUGUUGCUGUCCUACCCAGUUUCCAUGUGAGUUAUUUCUUAAGCCUUAAACAAUAAAAGGAGCAACGGGCAGCUUGGCCCGAGGAGAGUUCGGUGUCCACAGACACCUUGCCAGGGCGGUGUGGACCACGCAAAGCCACGCCUACUCGGAUGGGUGGAAGUCUGAAGGUCUCAGUUCUGUGCAGCACAGCGCCAUCUUUUGGGGAAUGGGGACAGGGCCACCGCUGUCGCUAAAAUGCAUUGUGUUCCAUUGCAGCAAAGCUUUUAUCAGUGUUCAAAAUGCAUGUCUAGCAGGUUGCAGCCUCUUAAAACACAUAAUAGUGGGUGUGCGUAGAAUAUACUCUGGACCAGGCGCAGCCCCGCUUUGGCACUCUGGUUGUGAAAGGCCUCUCAAGGACUCUCGCCAUCGCGGGGGUCACUCGGACUCUGGACCUAUGUAGAGACUGUCUUCCUAUUUAAUAGCUGCUGGGUGCUGACGUGGGCAUCAAGAAGCUCAUUAGGGGCUGGUGUUGGGGACAGGUGGGACCCACCUCCACUCCAUGGCAGUGUCUGUGUCGUAUGGAGGAAGGAAGCAUACCUGUCUAGUAUUUAAACUGAAAUUGCAGGCAUGCAGACUGGGCCAAAGUUGGACAGCCGGUCUUUUCCGGGUUGCACGAGAGCAGUCCAUUCCAACCUAACAAGAAUGGCAUGUGCGCGGCCACUCGGGUGUGUCUGCAACGAUGAAGCUGCUCCAGCCAAACCUGGAGAGGGCUCCACUUCAGCCCAGCUCUGUGCACGAGAGUCCCUCGCUGCCUUUUCUCUGAUGGGGGCUGUUUCGGGAAAGGGGAGGUUGUGGUUUUCUUUCCAAUUCUUUAAAAUAGAUCAGGAGGGAUAAAAGACAAAGCUGUUCCAAGUACUUUCCUCACGCCCAAGAGUCUGUACUUUCAUCCAACCACUGCGCCACUUGCCUUAGCCUCCUCUGCAGCUUCUGGUGGCUUUAUCCAUGGGCAGGAGACUUCUGCCGAUGCGCAGCAGCCAGGCCCGCAAAGCCACAGCGCCCCGCUUCAGGGAGCAGUGGGUUUGGGGAACGCAGGACUCAUCUUGGCUGCUGCAUUUUUAUGCCACCUGUGGAGAACUCUUGCGCUUCCCCCACCUGGCUUCGCGGCAUUGCCUUCCGGUCUCUCUGGGCAAACUGGAAUUGGGACGUCAGAGCUGGCAUUGUCAUUUCCUUAAAGAGUACGGUUCCUGCCUCCACCCCCGCCUGGUAUGGCUCUUUCCUGUGCCCCAAAGGAGGCCACGUGGAAACUACCGUUUGUGUCCUUCUGUCUCGAGAUUUUAAAAGUACAAUUGGACAGGCUUCUUAUGCCAGGGAACAAACUCUUAGGUUGGCAGCAGCUUGUGAAAAUGAUCAGAGCUGAAUCUUGCAAAAGAUUAAAAACCAAAGGAUUUGAGACUGGUGGUAUAAAAUGAAGAGGAAUUUCCCGCAUGUGUUACAGCUGCGGGAUGUUCCUGUUGUAGCUAAGGACUCGCUGCUGUCCUCUCGGAAACCGUGUUAGUGAUGCUUGCAGAUGGAAUGUCACAGCUGUCCUUGGCACUUGGGCUGUUAUUUUGUAGGGACUUUUCUAUCACUGUCCUGCAGGCCAGCUGCCUGGUGCAAAGGACAGGAAGGGAGGACUUUCUACAGGGCUUUGCCUACUGAAAUGGGUGUCCCACUGUGAGAGCGGGCAAGGUGCUCCUAGCCAUGGCAGCGACCACAUCCAAAGACUGGGAAAGGGCCGUGACUCAUCCAGUGCAGCCUCCCCAUAGGUGCUGACAUUGUCCUGCAGCAGUCCCCACCGGGGAGCAGCCUGGGCUCACACAUCUCUGAGGACAGAGAACUCACUACCUCUCAGAGAAGCCUGUUCUGUCUCAGUAAACCUCUGGCUCUUCUGCAUUCUCUGUAAUUUCCAUCUUAGUCUCUGCCCCGUGGGGGCCAAGUGGAGAAAGCUUUCAUCUUGGCCAGGGAUCUGACUCCUGCCACCGUCCCAUGGCAUUACAUUACUAUCCGCAGAAAGGAGCUAGGACACAGACAUUUUGGUGCCCUGCCUAGCCUGCUCCCUGAGCACUGAUCCUGCUGAGCUCUUCAUUGGGGAAUUUUCAGAGAAUCCCAUCAGCUAGGUUUAUCCUGGCUUGUUCUUACAAAAGCUAUUGAAGUAUUGGAGGAGGGGCUACUAAGAAAUAACUUAAGACAGCUGAGGCCUUAGUUCUGCACUUCCCCCACAAGCACUAAUGCUUAUAACAUGAGUAGGAAAAGCUUCAGCUAGACUUGAAGAUAAUACUGGUACUUUGCGUGGAGUGUAAAGGUUCUGUGGCUGCUGGAAGCUUUGCCUUCAUUCCUGGAAGGACUUCACACUGGGUUUGAACUGAGAAAACAAAGCUUGAGGGAGUGGGGUAGGGCGCUAGGUGUCAGGAGUGCUAGCCCUUCAAGCUGGAAAGUCCUUCAAGGCUGCCAAUGUCAGUCUUCCAGUCUUAGCUAAUGAGGAAGCAGAGUUCAGCAGGGUCUGUCAGCACUGUGCGGCCUGGCCUGGCCUCCUCUGUGCUUGCUGCCAGCACUGUUCUCUCAUUUGCAGGUUCACUCAAGCAGCCUAAGGUAAGUGACCCUCAGAUUUCUGAGCCGUUGUGAAAGACAAGUCCUCAGAGCCAACACGGUUCUACUCCUGGACCAAGAACCCAAGGCUGAGUGACAUCACUAGGCCAGCUGAGUUUUGCAAAGUGAGCAAUAGGGAGGAACAGAUCUAGCCUCCAGGUUAAGAUCAGGAUUCAGGGCCCUCCUGGGAGGCAUGGUGGUGUCCUAGAACUUGAAUUCUCGUGAAGUGGGCUGGGGCUGUGACCUCUCAGCCCAACUUCUGCCACCCAGGUAGAGUUCUCAUGGUGCAGUUUCCAGUCCAUCACUGGGCCAGGCAAUGAAUGGAGCUGAGGGGCAGUGAGCUCAGGAUUGUGCCCGGGGUGCGGUGCUUCAGGGGUGCCUUUGUAUUCCUUUCACUGUUGCGGUCUGUCUCCCAGUACCCGGGUAGGAAGGGUUGUGUUGGUCUGGUAUUUCGGGGUGGAUUCCAGCAUGGAUGGAGAAGGUGGGACCUCGUCCUAUGGCAGAAAUGUCUGUGAUUGGUUGUUUUCUACAGCUUAUGUCUCAACACACCCCCUUCAGUUGCUUUCAUUUCUCUCUUUUACAUCACUGCUCUCUGUUAGGCUCAUCAGAGUGUAUCUUGGGGUAUGGGUUUUGGGGGUUUUCUUGUCCAUUUUGUAACUGCCUUAUUGAAAAGUAAGUGCCCUUCCAUUCCAGGCCUCCUCAUAUUGUACUUGUUUCCUGCCAAAUCUGGAGGGAUCCUUUGUAUUUUAAUUUUGUAACCUAUGGCUCUGUACUGUUGAAAGGCUCUCAGCUCUUUGGAGUCUCCUUAGUAUGUACGUGACUUUUCAUUUGCAAUAUCACACAGAUGGGAUGGCCCAACUUUUGCUCUUAA